UUUUAGUUUUUUCUCAAAAGUAUUCUCUCACUGAAAAUUAACUCCACAACGUUUAUUUAGAACUUUCAGUAACUAAGAGCUGGAGAUACCACCGGGAGAGCUUAUGGGACAAAAGGGUAUGGAUACACGUCAGGGUUAGAAUUUAGGAUGAAAUGGCAAAUACUAUAUGCAAUAGUAAAUUAGGACGCCUGGUGGCGCUGCAGGCUAAGAGUGUGGAUAGUGGGCUCUGCGGAUAACUCAGGCGCCAUUAAGCUGAGAAAUCCAAAGCCUGAAUGCUUCCUAAAAGAAGGACGCAUUUUAGGUAAGAUCUAGUGGCUAGAUCUUCAGAAUGUGCGUCGUUCUUGUGGAAAUCAGUUAAGAAAGAUCGGAUUCGAGGUUAUUUAAGCAAAUCAUCUGGGUGGAUUGUAUACAGAGUUAAAGAAACUGCGCCUUCUGGACCGGGUCUGAACAAUGGAGACUGCGCUAGCAAAAACGCCACAGAAAAGGCAAGUUAUGUUUCUUGCUAUACUGUUGCUUUUGUGGGAGGCUGGCUCUGAGGCAGUUAGGUAUUCCAUACCAGAAGAAACAGAAAGUGGCUAUUCUGUGGCCAACCUGGCAAAAGACCUUGGUCUUAGGGUGGGGGAACUGGCCACUCGGAGCGCGCGAAUCCAUUACAAAGGAGACAAAGAGCUCUUGCAGCUUGAUAUAAAGACCGGCAAUUUGCUUCUAUAUGAAAAACUAGACAGGGAGGUGAUGUGCGGGACGACAGAACCCUGUAUAUUGCAUUUCCAACUCUUACUAGAAAACCCAGUGCAGUUUUUUCAAACUGAUCUGCAGCUCACAGAUAUAAAUGACCAUUCCCCAGAGUUCCCAGAGAGGGAAAUGCUCCUAAAAAUCCCAGAAAGCACCCAGCCAGGGACUGUGUUUCCUUUAAAAAUAGCCCAGGACUUUGACAUAGGUAGCAACACUGUUCAGAACUACACAAUCAGCACAAAUUCCCACUUUCAUGUUGCUACUCACAAUCGCGGAGAUGGCAGAAAAUACCCAGAGCUGGUGCUGGACAAAGCUCUGGACCGGGAGGAGCGCCCUGAGCUCAGCUUAACACUCACUGCACUGGAUGGUGGUGCUCCGCCCAGGUCUGGGACCACCACAGUUCGCAUUGUCGUCUUGGACAAUAAUGACAACGCCCCUGAAUUUUUGCAAUCACUCUAUGAGGUACAGGUGCCCGAGAACAGCCCCCUUAACUCCUUAGUUGUCGCUGUCUCCGCCCGAGAUUUAGAUGCAGGAGCGUACGGAAGUGUAGCCUAUGCUCUAUUCCAAGGCGAUGAAGUUACUCAACCAUUUGUAAUAGACGAGAAAACAGGAGAAAUUCGCCUGAAAAGGGCAUUGGAUUUCGAGGCAACUCCAUAUUAUAACGUGGAAAUUGUAGCCACAGAUGGUGGGGGCCUUUCAGGAAAAUGCACUGUGGCUAUAGAAGUGGUGGAUGUGAAUGACAACGCCCCUGAACUCACCAUGUCGACGCUCUCCAGCCCUACCCCAGAAAAUGCCCCAGAAACUAUAGUUGCUGUUUUCAGUGUUUCUGAUCCAGACUCCGGGGACAACGGUAGGAUGAUUUGUUCCAUUCAGAAUGACCUCCCCUUUCUUUUGAAGCCCACAUUAAAAAACUUUUACACCCUAGUGACACUGAGAACACUGGACAGAGAAAGCCAAGCCGAGUACAACAUCACUAUCACCGUCACCGACUUGGGGACACCCAGGCUGAAAAUCCAGCACAACAUAACCGUGCUGGUUUCCGACGUCAAUGACAACGCCCCCGCCUUCACCCAAACCUCCUACACCCUGUUCGUCCGCGAGAACAACAGCCCCGCCCUGCACAUCGGCAGCGUCAGCGCCACAGACAGAGACUCAGGCACCAACGCCCUGGUCACCUACUCGCUGCUGCCGCCCCAGGACCCUCACCUGCCCCUCGUCUCCCUGGUCUCCAUCAACGCAGACAACGGCCACCUGUUCGCCCUCAGGUCGCUGGACUACGAGGCCCUGCAGGAGUUCGAGUUCCGCGUGGGCGCCACAGACCGCGGCUCCCCGGAGCUGAGCAGCGAGGCGCUGGUGCGCGUGCUGGUGUUGGACGCCAACGACAACUCGCCCUUCGUGCUGUACCCGCUGCAAAACGGCUCCGCGCCCUGCACCGAGCUGGUGCCCCGGGCGGCCGAGCCGGGCUACCUGGUGACCAAGGUGGUGGCGGUGGACGGCGACUCGGGCCAGAACGCCUGGCUGUCGUACCAGCUGCUCAAGGCCACGGAGCCCGGGCUGUUCGGUGUGUGGGCGCACAAUGGCGAGGUGCGCACCUCCAGGCUGCUGAGCGAGCGCGACGCGGCCAAGCACAGGCUGGUGGUGCUGGUCAAGGACAAUGGCGAGCCUCCGCGCUCGGCCACUGCCACGCUGCACGUGCUCCUGGUGGAUGGCUUCUCCCAGCCCUACCUGCCGCUCCCGGAGGCGGCCCUGGCCCAGGCCGAGGCCGACUGGCUCACCGUCUACCUGGUGGUGGCAUUGGCCUCGGUGUCGUCGCUCUUCCUUUUGUCAGUGCUCCUGUUCGUGGCGGUGCGGCUGUGCAGGAGGAGCAGGGAGGCCUUAGUGGGUCGCUGCUCGGUGCCCGAGGGCCCCUUUCCAGGACAUCUGGUGGACGUAAGCGGCACCGGGACCCUGUCCCAGAGCUACCAGUACGAGGUGUGUCUGACUGGAGACCCAGGGACCGGCGAGUUCAAGUUCCUGAAGCCUAUUAUUCCUAACCUUUUGCCCCAGGGCACUGGUGAAGAAAUAGGGAAAACUGCCGCCUUCCGGAAUAACUUUGGAUUAAAUUAGAGAUCUCGUUAUGACACAUUGUUUUCUGCCAUUUAUCCCAAACUUUUUCAGAUCUAGAAUUCGAGAGUGUCAUGGACAAAAAUUUCACCUUGAGAUUUAGCUUUUAUUUCCCUUUUUAAUGGAUUUGUCUGCUGAACUUUAUUCUGUCUCAAGUAUUGAAAACUCAAUUUUAUUUCAUUGCAUUUAUUUACAUAGGGUCAUUUCAAAUCCAUGCAUGCUGUUGAUUUUCCUGAGAUAUUUUUCUCUUCUUGUUGGUACUUGUUGUGAUAAACCAUCUUAAUAAAAUCAAAUAUUAAUUUUAUUUUCUAUAUAUUCUAUCCAUUCUAUUUCAUGACACUCUUAAGUAUUAUAUAUUUGAUGCUAAAAUGCAAAAAUUAAAAAUGUUUCAAAUCAUUGUAUUUUAAUUGUUUAAAACAAAGACAAAUACAUACAUAUGCUAAUAAAUAUGUGAAAAAAUAUGUAAAAGGCAGCAAUCUUCUAUUUACUCUUUUUUGCAGCCCUGAUUCCUAUUAGCAAACUUUUAAAAAACAGUGUAAUUGAAUUAUUACUUACAUGAAGAAAAGUGAACAAAUCCUUUAUGUUCAACUCAAUAUAUAUUCACAAAGUAACAUAUUUAGUACCAGCAACUUGAAGAGGAAAUGAAACAUCACUGGCACCCCAGGUGCCACACAAAUUACUCCUUACAAUCACUGCUAGCCCAAGUAUGGCAAAUAUGCUGACUUCCUAUACUAUAAUUUAUAUAAACAGAGUAAUAGAGUAUGAACUGCUCGUGUCUGGCUUUUUUCACUCAGCAUUAUGUUUAUGAAAUUUAUCCAUAAUACAGCUUUUAAGUUUAGUCCUUUCAUUCUCAUUGCUGUAUAAUAUUCCACUAUAUGAAUAUACUACAAUUUAUUUUCUAUCCUUUAGAUCAGUAUUUGGGAUAGGGCAAAGUUUGGCUGUUACAAAUUAUACUGCUAUAACCAUUAUUUUAACAUGCCUUUUGGCAACCUGUAUAUGCAGUUUUGUUGGGUAUAUGCCUAGAAGUGGAAUUGUUGCCCAUCUUGUAAGUACAUGUUUACUUUUAGUAGACAUUUCCCAAUAGUCUUCCAGUGGUUGUACUAAUUUACACUGCUAUCCCCAGUAUCUGGAUGUACAAAUUUUUCCACAUUUCUGCCAACAAACUAGUAUUGUCUGUUUUUUCAUUUUAUCCCAUUGGCAAGCACUUUAUACAUUUUUUUAGAACUCUUCUUAUAUUUACUUUCUUAUCACUCAGGAAUAUGUUUGUAACCAUUAUGAGCUGAACUGUGUUCCCAAAUCCCCCUCAAAUUCAUACGUUGAAACCCUAACUCCCACUACCUCAGAAUGUGACUAUAUUUAAAGAUAGGCCUUUAAAAAAAGAGGUAAUCACAUUAAAAUGGGUCAUCAGGGCAGAUCUUAAUCCGAUAUAACUGCUGUACUUAUAAGACGAGGAGAUUAGAACAUAAAGAGAUGCCAGACAUGUGAACACACAGAGGGAUGCUUAUGUGAAGACACUAGAAGAAGAUAGCCAUCUACAAGCCAAAGAGAGAGGCCUCCAAAUGAAACCAACCCUGCCAACACUUUGAUCUUGGACUUCUAGAUUCCAGAACUGUGAGGAAAGAAAUGUCUGUUGUUUAAGCCACCCAGUCUGUGGUAUUUGUUACAGUACCCCUCGCAAACUAAUAUAGUAACUUUCACAAACUUUAGACAAUUUCCUAUUAAGAUUGCUGAGUAACUAGCACACUUAAAACAACUUCAAUCUUUUGUUUUUCAGAUAAAGCUAUAUUACCAUUUUUGGGUACUUCUCUGGUCAAACUGAAACCUCUCUUUAUUGUUCCAGUAAUAACAGUUUCAUUAGAUUUUUGUAUGGAAAAAAAGAAUAUCAUUCUUGGCUGGGCACGGUGGCUCACACCUGUAAUCCCAGCACUUUGGGAGGCCGAGGCGGGCGGAUCACAAGGUCAGGAGAUCGAGACCAUCCUGGGUAACACAGUGAAACCCCGUCUCUACUAAAAAUACAAAAAAUUAGCCGGGCACCUGUAGUCCCAGCUACUUGGGAGGCUGAGGCAGGAGAAUGGUGUGAACCCGGGAGCUGGAGCUUGCAGUGAGCCGAGAUCGCCCCACUGCACUCCAGCCUGGGGCACAGGGCGAGACUCCGUCUCAAAAAAAAAAAAAAAAAAAAAAAAAAAAAGGAAUAUCAUUCUUAUUCUUCCUUUUAUAUCUGUUUCUCUCUUACACUUUCCAACCUCUCUCAGUUAACUUCUACUUUUACAUUUUACAUUUUUACAACCAUAGCUAAGAAUUACUUGUCUUGUCUAUAGAUAUAUUUUAGAACAUGAAGAUAAUAUUUAAAAUUUACUUUUCAUGACUAUAUAAAUUAUGAAUGCCCUGCAGUCCCAAAUUACCAAGAACACACCGUAUCAGAACAAAGUUGGGUUUAUUGACUUGUUGCAAUGAAGGAGACUGUUCACAGUAGGAAACAGGGGCCACUUUAGUAACAGAGUCUUACAAAGGAGUUAUAGGAUUUGGUCUUCUGUUAGGUGUUUU